AAUAGCGGGUCUGUUCCACGGGGCUGUUCCACGGGGCUGUUCCAGCAGCUGUCCUGGCCCUGCGCUCAGAGCCCCGCGAGCACACAGCGCUCCGCCUGCUCAGGACAGAGCUGCCGCACAAGGAUGGCCUCGGAAAGGGACAGCACCAACCCUCACGGCGUGACUCCUCACCUCCGCAUCAACGGGCCGAUGAACAUCAACCACUACGCCACCAAGAAGAGCGUGGCAGAGAGCAUGCUGGACGUGGCACUCUUCAUGGCCAACGUCACCCAGCUCAAAGCUGUGCUGGAGCAGGGCACCUCCUUCCAGUACUACGCCACCCUCAUCGUGCUCAUCAGCAUCUCCCUCUUCUUCCAGGUGAUGAUUGGGAUUCUCCUUAUCAUCACCGCUCGUUUGAACCUGAAUGACCUUGCAAAGCAACCCCGCCUGAAUAUACUCAACAACGCCGCCACAGCUCUCAUCUUCAUCACAGUCAUCCUCAACAUCUUCAUCACAGCCUUCGGCGUGCAGAAGACUGGCCUCUACCCUACCAGGAACUUUGGACCUUAUUAAUUCAUGGGGCAAUGGACUCAGGGUCUGAGCAGUGCAGCUCUCCUCGUCUCCACUGACCUCAGCAGCAGCCGAGUCCAGACAACCGAGCUAAACUCCAAAUCUGUGUGUGUGCCACAGCACAGCGGCCCCUGAUGCGAUGCUUUUGCAGUUCUGAGGGGUGGGGGCACUGCCUUUCCAAGCUAGAGCAAACUUUGCAAGAGAAAACUGCAGGAAUGGCAGCAGGUAUACAUUUAAAAAGUGCACUUCUGUAAAUCUCUUUUCUUAUUUUAGCUGCCUGCUUCACAUAUUCAAUAUUGGCUCAUUUGGUAGAGAAAACUGAUUUACUUUGUAGACUAAAUAAAUAAGGCCAGCUUUAUUUUGUCUCAAACAUAAGUUGAUGCCCUUAAAGUAAUUCUAUCUAACAGUUUACCUCCCAAAUGUUGGAAUGGAUUUCUCAAACUAAAAAAUAACUUUUCCUAGGAUAGAAUGGUGUGUGUACAUGAAGACAGCUAGGACCAGUUCAAAUGUUUUCCUAGUUGUUUAAAAUUAAAUGUGAUGUAGUUAAGAAAGCAAUCAGAUGUUUCCAGCACUGGAAUAUUAACAUGGACAGAAAACAGUUCUUGUGGUCUGAUGUCAUCAUCAGGGACCUAUCAAGAAUGAUGUCAGAAUAGCCUGACAAUAUUUAGUAGAAAAUGAAGAAACAUUAUACAUAAGGACACAGCCUAGGCUUAUUGCCACAAUGAAAAAUUACAGCUGAAUAGCUUAUUACUCUAUUAAAAAAAAUCACCAUUAUGAUUUAUUCUUAUCACUGAAAUAAAUGUUUUACAAUGUAUUUAGUUUAUAAUGACAGCUCUGGUAAUUCUCUUGUAUUAGAACAAUUUGUUUCCUUUAAAAAAAAAAAUCCUUUGAAUUAAUGAGCUUCAAGAUUUUUAUUAAAGAGUAAAAAUUUUCGAUCCUAAAUUUUUAAAAUCUAUUGUCAUGCUAAAAAAUGGUAUUUUAAUAGCCUUAUGUAAGCCUAUUUAAAUAAUUACAUACUCUUUUGAUUAUUAAAUGGUUUUUCCACUGUACUGCAGCA